UCCGCGUAGGAAAGUACAGUCUCGUGUAACGACUGCGGGUCUUUUCAACUGCGUGCAACUACGCUAGAAGCAGGCAGCAGCGACUGGCCGCCACAAGUCUCCGGCAGAUGUAUGCUCCCCAAGUGAAAAAGACGCGUGUGCAAUUAUCACACUCGGGGAUCUAACAGACGGGGAUCUAACAGGGGCUGUGUGUUCGGUUGUAGGGAAUUCGUCCCAUUUUGGAAACAUCUCUCUGCGUGAUUGCUUAUUCCUCUUCAAUGUUAGGCUAGCAGUGCAAAAACUCUCAAGGACGCGGGUUCGCGCCUUCCCUUUUGCCAAGGGGCCCCCACCGUCAACCGGGGGCGUAUUUUUGACUCCGGCUUUUUGAACUGCAGCUGGCCGGCGGCGGAGAAAGGUAGCGCGCAGCACGGGAAUGGAGAAGGAGGAGCGCCCCAAGACCCCAGCCUCUCUCGCGCCAACACUCCGUCGAGGCUCCCGUGCGCAAAAUCGAGCGCAGAUCGGACUCGGCUUGCCGGCGUCUUCCGGGAAAAGCUUCGCUUUUGCUCGGCUGCCCUGGAAGGCGGGCAUUCCCGGCGCUUGUGCGCGCCUCCCUGGGCUGAAGGGGCGGAGCCAGUCCCAACCCUGCUUUACUGCCCCCUCCCAGCGCGCGCCACAGAGGGAGACGCGGCGGGGACACCUGCGUAGGACUGAACCGUCUUUAGAGAGGAGAGGGCAGGAUCCCGGACCGUGGACGGGCGGACGGGCAGGGAGGCGCAGGCGUGGGGAGGGCGGCGGCGGCGGCGGCGGUUUACGUGUGAUCGGGGGCGGGAGGGGGCGAUCGGGAUUGCACAGGGCGGAGAGGCGUUGAAUCCGGGUUGCAGGUGUUCUCCAAGGGGAUUCCACCUUGCCUGACUGUACCGUGGAGGACAGCAGGUGCGCUGGCUCCGGCCAAGGAAGGGGGAGAAGCGAACGAAGCUCUGGCUCGCGGCCGCAGGAGCCUAGAUCCGGAUUGCCCGUACUCCGGGCGACGGAGCCGGGCACCAGAGACUCGGAUCCGGAGUGCGCGUGACUAGGGGGCGCCACUCCCCCCCCUUCGCCCUCUCUGCGCCCGCUGGGACUGGCCGAGGGACUUGCUUCGGGGCAGGCAGCAGAAGAGCCCAGCUGCUUCCUGGAGGGGAGUGCGAGCCGAGGAUGUGGUGGUGGGAUGCGAGGGUGACGACGCUCUUCAAGAGGAACCUGCAGCCCACGCUGACCUACUGGAGCGUGUUCUUCAGCUUCGGCCUUUGCAUCGCUUUCCUGGGGCCCACCCUGCUGGACCUGCGCUGUCAGACCCAGAGCUCCCUCUCCCAGAUCACCUGGGUCUUCUUCUCGCAACAGUUCUGCCUGCUGGUCGGCAGCUGCUUGGGAGGGAUCUUCAAGAGAACGUUGGCUCAGUCUCUGCUUGCCCUUUUUGCAUCAUCCCUUGCUAUCUCUUUGGUUUUUGCCAUCAUCCCAGUCUGCCACAAUGUGGUGGUACUUGCGGUGGUUAUGGCCAUGGCUGGCCUGGCCAUGGGAUGCAUCGACACACUCUCCAAUAUGCAGCUGGUGAAGAUUUAUCAGAAGGACUCAGCGGUCUUCCUGCAGGCCCUUCAUUUCUUUGUGGGCUUCGGUGCCUUGCUGAGCCCUCUGAUAGCUGACCCUUUUCUGUCGGACACCAACUGCAUCCUGACAAAUAGCACAGCCAUUGGCAGCAGUAACCUCCCUCACAUCCGGAAGUCACUAGUUCCCCAUCAUCCUGGGAACUUGUCACACUAUGACCUGCCAACAAAAGGACUGGUGGUGACACGAGUGUCUUAUGCCUUCUGGAUUAUGGCUCUCAUCAAUCUCCCUGUCCCCUUUGCAGUGUUCCUUUUGCUCUACAAGGAAAGGCUAGUGCCUUGGUGUCAAAGUGGCAGCCCCCCGCUGCUGCUUGCUGAUGAACUGGCAAUGGAAACGCGGAUAACCGACAGGGAUGAUUCUUCCACUUCCUCUCCAAAAACUCAGCCAGAAAUAGGGCAUGAUGACCUCUUUGGAUGCUGCCACAGCAAGAACUUCAGAGGAGCUCCUUGCUCUUACUUUGCUGUCCAUGUGACCGGCGCCCUUCUCCUCUUUAUGACGGAUGGGAUCCUGGGCGAGUACUCUGGUUUUGUGUACAGCUAUGCCGUGGAGGAACCACUCUUGGUGGGGCAUAAGGUGGCUGGCUACUUGCCCAGCCUCUUCUGGGGAUUCAUCACUCUGGGCAGGCUUAUCUCCAUCCCUGUGUCAUACAGAAUGAAGCCAGCAACGAUGGUUUUCAUCAAUGUGGUUGGAGUGCUUAUAACGUUCUUCUUGCUGCUGAUCUUUUCCUACAGUGUUGUCUUUUUAUUUGUGGGGACUGCCUCCCUGGGCCUGUUCCUCAGCAGCACUUUUCCCAGUGUCCUCGCCUACACUGAGGACAUCCUCCAGUACAAAGGCUGUGCCACUACUGUGUUGGUGACAGGAGCAGGUAUUGGAGAGAUGGUUCUACAGUUACUGGUAGGCUCGAUCAUUCAUGAUCAGAGCAGUUACAGUUUCCUGGUCUGUGGAACCAUCUUUGGAGCCUUGGCCUUUACUUUCUACAUCUUCCUUCUAUUUUUCCACCGGAUGCACCCUCAGUCCCAAUCAGAUAUGGAUCUGUCACCUGACAAGCCACCACCAACAGAGGAACCUGGACUUUAUCAGAGCUAAAGGAAGCAGUCAGUUCAUAUUCAAAUCAAGCACACAGUCACUCCAACCAAAAGAAAGUUUUGCUCUUACCGCCUGGUUUAAAGCUACCUGAAUUUUCUAUAAUCAGACUUGCUGAUUGCAACUUGUUCACAUCAACCAAUUGUUGAUCAUUGCCAGCGAAGAUUUGCUGCAGCAAGAACUAAGACAAACAGGAAUACUAGAAGGGCUGAAAUCUUGAUAUAUGAAUGUUUAACUCCUCUGGUAAACUCCCCUAUCCAUUCAGGAGCACAGGUGGUAAAAGUUUAUUCCUGUUGCUUUAGCACCUUGGGGUGGAGGGAGGUUGCCUAAUGUUUAUUCACUGCAAACCAAGAGGCAGCUGUAGAUACUCCUAAUUUAGCAAGCUGCAAAAUGUUUGCUAAAGCAUAAUAAACUCUACACCCUGUGAAGUGCUGCAGCCAUCCAGAAUUUUUUGAAAAAUAUUGCAUUGCCCAGGUUGAAGUAGUCAUGUCUUGUGUGUCCCCAGAUGGGAUUUCACUGUGUUCGCAUUGUGGGAAGGCCUAGGCAGUGGCAAAGGUGUAGCACAACUGAUGAUGGGUUAAGCUCAGUUAACUUUUUACAGUUAGCCCAGUAGAAGGAAUAGGAGAGAUAUAGGCUACUCUCGUUUGGUGGAACAGCUUAACCCCUAAAGUAUGAAAAUUCUGAAGUACAAGAAGCCAAACAUCAAGUCUCUUCCAUAUGUGCAAUAUAAUGAGGUGCCUUCCAGGAGCAGAACUUGAGAGGUACUGAACAUCAAGACAGCCAUUUUCAUGACUGUCAUAAAGAGAAGGUAUUGGGAUAGUUUAAGACUUAGCUGUAGCAGACUUGAGCUGGCUUUGUCACAAAUUCUGUCCCACAGAUAGAUAUACGUGUGCGUGUGUGUAUAUAUAUAUGUAAAGGAAUGUUUAAUGUGAUUGCUAAUGUCGCAUGAACUCGUGAAGUAACUAAGAUGGGACCCAGCAACUUCUCUCACUCAAGCAGAGCUAUUUUCCCCUAGAGGCUUGUUGCACUACUCAUUUCAAAAUUGUACACUAUACUGAAUUUUUCUGUUGUCAUUUGACUUCAGUUGCUAUGUUGCAUGGGUAUGCACCCUCAUCUUUGAUUUCCAUGUUGUCGAAUCCUUAAAAUAUAUCCUCCUUGAUUAGAGUUUGUAUCUUCUUGUAUAAAAGUUUGUAUAUCCAUUAGCCUGGGUAAAAGGUGGCUCUGCCUUUCCCAGUAGACUACCUACACCUACUGCUCACUGGGAUCCUUAGACAAGCAAACAAAACCAGGUAUAUUGUAAUCUGAUUAAGCCAAACACUAAGGUUUCCCACGUGCGCCUGAGCAACCAUGUAUCUUAACAGUUAAGAAUUACAAGGAUAAGCAAGUUCAAGCCUUGAAUGUGCAUGCUGGUUUCCAGCAAGCCAUAGUUUACCAGGCUUGGAUGAAACAGCAAAAUAUUGUUUCUCAAACCAGUGGUGGAAGCUUUUCAUCUCAUUCCACUUGCACAUGCAGAUUUAUGAGCCAAUGUUUAUACCUGCUUGUUCUCAUUUCAAACUAUGCUUUGCUGUUUUAUCUGAGCGCAGCCAAGUUUAAAGCACUUAGGUUACACCUUAUGCUUCAGCAAGCAAUGAAUUAGAAUAUAAAUAUUUAACAGUAUAGACACUUCACUUUUCAUGGAACAGAGAAACACUGUUAUGCCCUGUAACUGGCAGCCUUUGUUCAUGAGUUGAAGGUUUAUUGUCCCUUUCAAAUUUAGAGAAAGAUAAAACAAGCUUAAUUUCACAAUUGCUGUACUAAAUAGCUGUAGAUUCUGUAAUGGAGAAGGCAUAUGAAUUACAUGACUAGAGGUUUUCAGUCUUGAAAAA